UUAAUCAGUGGAACUGAGAGCACAGGAGAAGCAGGAAGGGGAAAAGAGGGUUUCGAGAGAAAGCUAGGGAGCCAACAACACCCUCGUGACAGGAUUACAAGUCUAUAGAUCCCCAGUGGUCCAGGCUGAUAGAUGAGAGGAGCAAUUUAGAAGCUCUUUGCGGCUGAGUUGAAACAUUUCUGCAGAAACACGUUUGGCUAAGGAGCCAUGGAGCCAAGAGAGAGGCGCCAUCAGCGAAUAAGGCAAGUGCUGCUUUUCUUUGUUUUCCUGGGAGGGUCUUUGGUGUGUUCAGAGCCCUGGCGCUAUUCUUUGGCAGAGGAAAUGGAGAUCGGCUCCGUUAUAGCCAAUGUGGUGAAAGACAUAGGUUUAGGUGUGGAAGAUUUGGUUGCACGAGGGGCAAGAGUCAUCUUUGACGACUAUAAACCAUAUUUACUGUUGGAUCAGCAGACUGGCAACUUGCUCUUAAAUGAGCAACUCGACCGGGAGGCACUUUGCCACCUCACAGAGCCAUGUAUAUUGCAUUUCCAGGUAUUAUUUGAAAAUCCUUUACAAUUUUUUCGGGCUGAACUUUGGGUUAAAGACAUAAAUGAUCAUACUCCUGCCUUCCUAGACAAACACAUACUUCUGAAAAUCUCAGAAAGUACUGCUCCAGGAACCUCAUUCCAAAUGGACAGUGCUCAGGACUUGGAUGUAGGAAAGAAUGGUGUCCAAAACUAUACAUUAAGUCCCAAUCCUUAUUUCCACCUUAAAUUACAAGCCAGUGAUGACGGCAGAAAAUACCCAGAGCUGUUACUGGACCAAUUUUUGGAUCGAGAAAAGGAGCCCGAGUUUAGAUUAACGCUAACAGCCUUGGAUGGCGGGUCUCCGCCCAGGUCUGGAACCACACUGGUUCGUGUUUUGGUUUUAGAUAUCAAUGACAAUGCUCCAGAGUUCGAGAGGCCUGUCUAUGAGGUUCAGGUACCAGAAAACAGCCCUGUGGACUCCCUGGUCGUCCGGGUGUCUGCUACAGACUUGGAUGCGGGAAUAUAUGGAGAACUAUCUUACUCAUUUUCCCACGUCUCCACAGACAUACGGAAAACAUUUGAAAUCCACCCAAUUUCUGGUGAAAUCCAUUUAAAAGCUCUUCUGGAUUUCGAGUUAAUUCAGUCAUAUACAAUAAAUAUUCAGGCCGUUGAUGGGGGUAGCCUUUCCGGAAAAUCAGCAAUUUUAGUUCAGGUUGUGGAUGUGAAUGACAACGCACCAGAAAUAGUCAUGACAUCUCUUACCAGCCCCAUACCUGAAAAUUCGUCACCUGAAAUGGUGGUCGCUAUUUUUAGCGUACGAGACCAAGAUGCUGGGGACAACGGGAGGACGGUGUGCUCCAUUCAGGAUGACCUCCCUUUUCUCUUGAAGCCUACCUUCAAGAAUUUCUACACCCUGGUGACAAAUGGGGCGCUGGACCGAGAGAGCCAGGCCGAGUACAACAUCACCAUCACCGUCACUGACCUGGGCACCCCCAGGCUGCAAACCCAGCACCACAUGACGGUGACGGUGUCCGACGUGAACGACAACGCGCCGGCCUUCAGCCACACCGCCUACACCCUGCGGGUGCGCGAGAACAACAGCCCCGGCCUGCACAUCGGCCGCGUGAGCGCCGCGGACAGAGACGCGGGCGCCAACGCGCAGGUCACCUACUCGCUGCUGCCGCCGCACGACCCGCGGCUGCCCCUGGCCUCGCUGGUGUCCCUCAACGCGGCCACCGGGCAGCUGUUCGCGCUCAGCUCCCUGGACUUCGAGGCGCUGCGCGCGUUCGAGUUCCGCGUGGGCGCGGCCGACCGCGGCUCGCCGGCGCUCAGCAGCCAGGCGCUGGUGCGCGUGCUGGUGGGGGACGCCAACGACAACGCGCCCUUCGUGCUGUACCCGCCGCAGAACGGCUCGGCGCGCUGCCCCGAGCUGGUGCCCAGGGCGGCCGAGGCGGGCUACCUGGUGACCAAGGUGGUGGCGGUGGACGGCGACUCGGGCCAGAACGCCUGGCUGGCGUACCAGCUGCUCAGGGCCACGGAGCCCGGGCUGUUCGGCGUGUGGGCGCACAACGGCGAGGUGCGCACGGCCAGGCCGCUGAGCGCGCGCGACGCCGUCCGGCACAGGCUGCUGGUGCUGGUCAAGGACAACGGCGAGCCGCCGCUGUCGGCCAGCGUCACGCUGCACGUGCUGCUGGUGGACGGCUUCUCGCAGCCCUACCUGCCGCUCCCGGCCGCGGCGGCGGCCGAGGCCCGGGCCGACCCGCUCACCGUCCACCUGGUGGUGGCCUUGGCGUCGGUGUCGUCGCUCUUGCUGGUGGCGGUGCUGGGGUUCGUGGCGGUGCGGCUGGGCAGGAGGAGCCGGGCCGCGGCGGGGGGCGGCUGCUCGCUGCCCGAGGGCCCCUUCGCGGGCCACCUGCUGGACGUCAGCGGCGCGGGGACCCUGUCGCACAGCUACCAGUACGAGGUGUGUCUGACGGGAGACUCAGGGACCAGAGAGUUCAAGUUCCUUAAACCGGCGAUCCCCAACCUCCCUCACCCGGAACGUAAAAUGGAGGAAAGCCACACUUUUAUGAAUGGCUUUGAGUUCAUUUAGGGAUUUGAUUAUUGUGCAGAACUUUUAUAAUGAGCGCUAUUUCUUUGUAAAAUGUAUUCAUUGUAAUGUAAAAUUCUUUGUUUUGGGUAACUUCAUUUUACUUAGAAUUUUCAGAAGUUUUAAUGAUUUGCUUUCUGCUCUUUUUUAUACUAACUGUGGGAAAAACUAAGGGAGCUAGGAUUUGCUUGAUCUUUCUUCCAAAAUGCAACCUCAAGUAACUUAUUCAAAUAUAUAGCAUUUUCCCUUCAAGCUUAAUGGCACACUAGGCUCAGCCAUAUUCUUUGGGUGUUCUGAGCUCUAGAUCCUCUCACUGAAACAGUUUUUAUAUGUUCGAUAGAGAAAAAUGCAUGGUAUAAAUAAAAACCAUGCAUGGUUUCUAAGAUGUCUUAUUUAGAUUUUUUUUAAAAAAAGCAUAAUCGAUCUUGCCAUUCUACUUUUCUGCCAAAUAUUUCAGAGUAAUUCUUCUGCACUUAGGUUUUUUUUUUUUUUUUUUUAAGAUUUUAUUUAUUUGACAGAGAAAGACACAGCGAGAGAGGGAACACAAGCAGGGGGAGUGGGAGAGGGAGAAGCAGGCUUCCCGCCAAGCAGGGAGCCCCACGCGGGGCUCAAUCCCGGGACCCUGGGAUCAUGACCUGAGCCAAAGGCAGACGCUUAACGACUGAGCCACCCAGGUGCCCUUAGGUAUUUUUCUUUGUAAACAUUUUGAGAAUGGUAUGUAUUGCUGGUAGAUGUUGUAUUAAAAUAAAUUCUAAUCUUGUUUGGAUUAAUAUAUAUAUCCAGCCCACACUUUCAUCUGAGAACUUCCUGAGACUUCCCAAGGGAAGUAAUCACUACUGAGAUGUUUAUUUUACCUUUCUUUACCUCUCUUGGUCAUUUUUUAUUGGUCUUGUUAUAGACUCCUGAUUAAAGUAGGAAUAGUCACAUUCUCCAAGUCCCUAAGUUUGUAAUUAUGAUGUAGUUCAUCUAUUUUUUUUCUUAAUUGCUUGUAACUAGAAAAUAAAUAUUAAGUAUGGGCUGAGGUAGCCAUGUUUACACUUGUGUAGGUUGGCAGCACAGAAUGGCAUGUAGAGAGGGAGGAAAGAAAGGAGAAAUGGAAGGAAGAUGAGAAGGAAUAAGGGAGUGGUAGAGGCAGAAGCCUAAGAAACAAAAGAGACUAAGAGUCACUUGGUUGUAGACCUGUCAGUUCCUGAUUCCAGGGUUCCUAAGUCCCUAUUGUCUAAUUGUCCUUGAGCUCUACAGUAAAACUCCAGUUUCCUAAUAAUAAAACUCCUUUAUUUAACCUA